GAUGCACGUAUGUUGCUAUGUUGUUGACAUUUCCACUAAUCUCCUUUUUAAUUUCUUUCAAUAAGUUUCGAAUGUUUUUAUUAUCUUAGAGUGUUUUAGAUUCUACAGAAGCUCUUGUAUCCUCUUUUCUAUUUUGUGGAGCCCUGUUUGCUGUUUUUUACCUCGACAACUAUUUCUCAGGAGAAGAGAAUUUUGCCAGUCCAUACAAGAGGAUAGGACAUUGUAAGACAGUGUGGGCCUGGGGGUGUACGCCGCUCAAGCUGCAGCUGUCUCGACAGACAGUGGCAGUUCGCGGCAGAAUGGGAGAGAUCGUCAUGGUUGGAGAAAGACCUCAUUCGCCUGUCCAUCUGCCUCACAUCUCCGAAAAACACCCUCGUGGGAUCCUCAAUGAACUCAACGUCUUGCGGAGACAUAGAGAACUCUGCGAUGUCGUUCUCAAUGUUGGCUCACGCAAAAUCUUUGCCCAUCGUGUCAUAUUAUCUGCCUGUAGUCCAUAUUUUCGUGCUAUGUUUACGGGGGAGCUAGUAGAAUCUAGGCAGACAGAGGUCACCAUUAGGGACAUUGAUGAAGCUGCGAUGGAACUCCUCAUUGACUUUUGCUAUACUUCGAAUAUUUUAAUAGAAGAAUCUAAUGUACAAAUGCUAUUACCAGCUGCUUGUCUCCUCCAAUUAGCAGAAAUUCAAGACAUGUGUUGUGAAUUUUUAAAACGGCAACUUGACCCUUCAAAUUGCCUUGGUAUACGAGCCUUUGCUGACACUCAUUCUUGCAGAGAUUUACUGAGAGUUGCAGAUAAAUUUACGCAGCAUAACUUCCAAGAGGUGAUGGAGAGUGAGGAGUUUCUGUUGCUCCCAAUGUCUCAAUUGAUCGACAUUGUUUCUAGCGAUGAGUUGAAUGUUAGAUCAGAAGAGCAGGUUUUCAAUGCUGUCAUGUCAUGGGUCAAGUACAAUGUAUCCGAAAGGCGGCAACAUCUUUCGCAAGUUUUGCAACAUGUGAGACUGCCCCUACUCAGUCCUAAAUUUUUAGUGGGCACAGUUGGAUCUGAUCUGCUAAUUAGGAGUGAUGAGAAUUGCCGAGACUUGGUAGAUGAGGCCAAAAAUUACCUCCUAUUGCCGCAAGAAAGACCACUAAUGCAAGGACCUCGCACCAGACUGCGGAAACCUUCCCGCCGUGGAGAAGUUCUAUUUGCAGUUGGUGGCUGGUGCAGCGGUGAUGCAAUCGCCUCUGUUGAGCGUUUUGAUCCACAAACCUCUGAUUGGAAAAUGGUCGCCCCCAUGAGCAAACGACGAUGCGGCGUCGGGGUUGCUGUUCUCAAUGAUUUGUUGUACGCAGUUGGAGGGCAUGAUGGACAGUCUUACCUGAAUAGUAUUGAAAGGUAUGAUCCGCAAACGAAUCAGUGGUCAUGUGAUGUGGCACCUACAACAUCUUGUCGGACAAGUGUCGGCGUUGCUGUUCUGGAUGGCCUCUUGUAUGCAGUUGGUGGGCAAGAUGGCGUGCAAUGUCUUAAUCAUGUUGAACGAUAUGAUCCAAAGGAAAAUAAGUGGGGAAAAGUUUCACCAAUGACCACUCGAAGGCUAGGUGUGGCAGUUGCUGUUUUAGGAGGUUAUCUGUACGCGAUAGGUGGAUCUGAUGGUCAAUGUCCUCUCAAUUCAGUGGAGCGUUAUGAUCCAAAGCAAAAUAAGUGGACAGCAGUGGCUGCAAUGUCAACACGAAGAAAACAUCUAGGCUGUGCAGUAUUCAACAACAUGAUUUAUGCUGUUGGUGGGCGUGAUGAUUGUAUGGAAUUAAGUAGCGCUGAAAGAUAUAAUCCCCACUCUAAUGCAUGGUCGCCCAUUGUAGCCAUGACUUCUAGACGCAGUGGCGUAGGACUAGCUGUAGUAAAUAACCAAUUAUACGCUGUUGGUGGCUUUGAUGGCACGGCCUACCUGAAAACAAUCGAGGUGUACGACCCAGAGCAGAAUCAAUGGCGCAUGUGUGGUGCAAUGAAUUACCGUCGAUUGGGAGGUGGUGUUGGAGUCAUGCGGUCACCUCACACAGAAAACUAUUCUUGGAACAACAAUAAUAAUCACUGGUGCUUGUAAUUUUAUUCUCAUUUGCAUUGAUCAUUGUAACUCAAACAUAUUUUUACAUCUUCACUUAUUCUUCCAUGCACUCAGAAGAAUUCCUUUUACCGGGAAAUUUCUUCUCCUAACUUCCCCCCCCCUCCCCCUUCACAGAAUCAUUGAACUUAAGGAAUCAAUGGCCUGGGAUAAACCAGUAUUCUGUCUGUAUCUGAUAUUUAAUCAGAGGUCUGGAACUUAAAAUUUAAGUUUUUUUUUUUAAUCUUCCUUCUUAUUCGUCACAAAGGAAGUCAAACAGUGUUAUCUUUACUGUCGUUGACUCAGGUAGUCAUCUCAAAAUUUGCAUCUCAAAAUGUUUGAUGGAUAAAAAUUGUACAGUUAGUUGAGAUACACAGCAUUUACUCUUCACGAUGACUUGUCCCAAGCCAAGUUUCUCUGUAAUGAAAAAAUUGUCUAGUCUCUUGAA